UCUUCGCUUCACCGUGUGCUCAUCUGCGGCUGUUUCAAACAUGGAGGAGAGGGAAAGAAAAAGUGUAAAGUCUGACAGCAAAGAAACGGUAACUGCAGCCUGUUCGAGUACCCCAGCAGCACCGGAGCCUAAACCGGAGGCGGGCAGUAAAACCGGGGGCGAUGACGCAGAUAAAAUAGACGUCUGCUCUGAUAACUUUGACCCUCUCUUGGCCUUGUACUCUCCGACGGUGCCGCCGCUUCCUUUCCCAAAUGUCAAAUGCUUCAACAAUGUUGCAGCGUACGAGAGCUUCUUGAAGGGCGGCCGCGGCAGAGCCAAGCCGGAGAAUGUGGAGAAAAGGCGGCAGAAGGCGAUGAAAGGGGUGGCGGACCCGGAGCGCAUCGAGAGGCUGAAGAAGCUCAUGGUGAACAACCCGGUGCAGGAGGGGGAGAGCAGCGGCACCCCGAGGAGACGGAGGCAGAAGCCCCAGAAAAAUGUCCUGACGAGGAUGCCCUUGUGUAAAGGCAGUCCAUUGGGGGAGCUGUACCGAUGUGUUGAGGAGAGGAUAAGGGUCAAAGUUCACAUCAGGACCUUCAAGGGACUGAGGGGAGUGUGCUCUGGCUUCAUCGUGGCCUUCGACAAGUUCUGGAACAUGGCAAUGGUGGAUGUAGAUGAGACCUACAGAGAGCCUCUGCUUGGAGAAGCAUUCUACCAUGAAAAGGCCCUCACCAUUUCACGGCUCUUUGAGAAGCUAAAGCUCCAGGAGAGUCCAGGAGGAGAUGAGCCAGCAAAGAAACACGAAGCACAGCCAACAGCCAGCAAGCAUCAGCCUCCAAACCCAAAAAGUACUCCAAAAAACCUGCCUGCUCACCCUGCUAGUGAGAGAAGGGACAGCAGGACGGAGUCCAAACUGUCAGACAGUGUUAGAAUCAAACCGGAUAAACCCAAAGUCUCACAGAAGGCCCAGGGUCCACAGGUCUGUCGUAAGAAAGACUCCCCGAAGUACGGCAAGGUCCACACACGUCACAUCAACCAGCUUUUCAUCCGGGGUGAGAACGUCCUCCUGGUUAACCCACAGCCACUCUGAUUCUUGUCUUCUGUUUGGUGUUUAUGGAUGAAACAAAGGCGGGCUUAAACAGUCUAUUCAACUUUAUUUUACACUGAACUUCUGUAGUGAUUGUUGUGAAAUACUGUAGAUAAGCUGCCACAGAUGUGACUUAAUUAGAUUCAGAUGAAUCAAACAAGGAAGAUUGUUAUAUCAUAUUGAUAUGGAGGGUUUUCUCUGCCCACCAGAGAAAUUGUCUUGAUUUUGAGGAAUAAAAGCUUCUCAGUAAUAAUUAUA